AUGGGGAGCCAAUGCCAGAAAGUUUAUGUGGCCGUAGGAAAAGACCUGCUACAAUGCAUUUGUUCCCAAGCCAAGGUGAAAGCAAAGGCUUUGAUAGUUAUGAGGGCAGAUGUUCGCAGGGGAAUCGUCGAAAUGAUUUCAAAGGACGGUAUCGCGAAGCUGAUCAUGGGCACAUCGUCAGCAGGCGGUGCAAAAUCUACCGGAAAUUUACAAACACCAUCGUUGUUUGCUAAUGCGAAUUUCGAAACAUCAUCAGCAGAGGAUUAUGGUGGACCGUUGUCAUUGCAGCCAAACAUACAGCUAUAUUCGGCCGCCCCCAUCGAAACUCCGGAGAAUUUUUCAGAUGAGCGAGGGUUUACGCUGGACUUUGUGCGAGAUAAUACGCCCGACAAAGGGAACCAAUCAGGUUUUGACGCAAUCAGUGGACUUUCCUGUGAUAUAAAAGUGGCAGAACCUCAACAAAUUGAUGGCCAUGAAACUCAAGAAUCUCCUGAGGAGAGGACAGAUAGGGAAACCCUGAAAAUUGUGCUCACGGAGGGAAAGUCCACUAACCCAAUCAGUGGACUUUCGUGUGAUAUAAAAGUGGCAGAACCUCAAAGAAUUGAUGGCCAUGAAACUCAAGAAUCUCCUGAGGAGAGGACAGAUAGGAAAAGACUGAAAAUUGUGCUCAGGGAGGCAUCGGAAGUGGCGGAGAAUGCAAGCAGAGAAGUACACAGAGAGACCGUAGGUAGUAAGAAUGCAAAGGCAGCUGCAAUGGAAUCAUCUGACAAGUUUAGGGCUAUUGAAGCUGCCCUACAACAUGCGAUCUUGGUGUCGAAAAUGAAAGAAGAGCACUGCCAAGAGUUAACGAGGCGGCUAAAGGAAAUGGAAGAGGAGCUUCAAGCAAUGGUCGAUAACGACAGAUUACUGUCCACGCAAUUGAGGAAAUUCUCACAUGACCGUCACCAAGCUAUCCAGGAGCUCCACGCCGUAGAGGAGAAGCUCGCCGCGGUGAGGAUGCAAAAUUGCUGCAUUUUGAAAGAAAAGGAUGAAGAAAUUAAAGAGCUUCAAGACUUGUUGCAUUGUAGGUCUCGCCUGGAAGACAUCCCUGGAGAGUUUUGGUGGAUCAUUUCACUUUAA